CGUUACGAGUUCGAUCUUUUUGGGUGCCAAGAUGGCAACGACCACACUGAGGGUGGUCUGCUGGAUCGCGACGGUUUUCGUGAUGAUGGCGUUUGUGGUGGAAAGUGGGAGUGGUUCCAGGAUAUUGGCGAUUUUCCCGUCGCCGGCGAAGAGUCACCAGAUAGUGUUUCGGGCGAUGGUGAAGGGACUGUUGGAGCGGGGACAUCACGUGACAAUGAUGAGUACGGAUCCGAUCGAGACGGACAAUCCGAACAUUACGCAGAUUAACUGGAACUUUGCGCACAAGAUUGUGAAGGAAAACUUAGAUGUGGCCAAGUUGAGGCAGGAAAACUGUAACUCGCUUACGAUUUCAAUGCAGCUGCUGCAUGUGGCGGAAAUGUUUGUGCGUGCCGAGAUGAACCAUCCGGAUGUUCAGCAGCUGAUCCGGAAUGCUGGUGAUGAGCAGUUUGACGUUUUGAUCGUGGAGUACUUCCAGAUGACACCGUUCUUUGCGUUCGCUGAGCUGUUCAACGUACCGAUGAUCGGAAUUACCUCGAUCGACUCGAUCUCGUUGGCGCACCAGGUCGUCGGAAACGUGGCAAACCCAGUGGCUCAUCCGGAAAUGAGUCACAAGUUUUCCGGAAAUCCGAACUUUUUCCAACGGAUAGAAGCCUUCUUCACGAAGUUGUUCCUUGAACACAUCCUGAUCCCCGGAGAGUUUGCCAAGUACGAUGAAAUCAUAGAGCAAAACUUUGGCAGCAACAUGUCUAAAUCGUACGAGCUGAUGAACCGUGCUGAUUUCCUUAUGACCAACGUAGAACCAGCCAUGGGCUUCAUUCGACCGAUCGUUCCCCAAGCGAUUCAGCUCGGCUUUCUUCACAUCGAGCCCCCAAAACCCCUUCCCACGGACCUCCAACAGUACUUGGACCGAUCACGCCACGGAGUGAUCUACUUCAGCCUCGGAACGCUCAUCCGCAGUGACUCGGUCAAUGCCAAAAACACCAAGAUCUUCAUGGACGUGUUCAAGUCGCUCAAAUACGACGUACUGUGGAAGUGCGACAGUGAAGUGGAUCUUAACGGAACCACUAACAUACGCAUCGCUCGAUGGCUUCCCCAGCAAGAUCUACUCGCCCACUCGAACGUGAAGCUGUUCGUGACCCAGGGCGGCCAGCAGUCGAUGGAGGAAGCCGUGGACCGGCACGUACCGAUGGUGGUCAUCCCGUUCAACUUCGACCAGUUUGGCAACGGCGACAAGGUGGUCGAACGUGGCAUCGGCAAGUCCAUCUGGAUGGAGCGGCUGACGACCGACGGCCUCCGGCAGGCCAUCCUCGAGGUCAUCGAGAACAAGAAAUACAAGCGCAACAUCGAGCGGCUCGGCAAGCUGAUCCGCGACCAGCCGAUGCGCCCCGUGGACAAGGCCGUCUGGUGGACCGAGUACGUGAUCCGGCACCAGGGCGCAUCCCACUACCGCUACAAGCCGGCCCAGAUGCCAGCCUGGCAGUACCAUUACUACGACGUGGUCGCGUUCCUGCUGGCCGUUACGGCCCUGCUGAUCGCGGCCCUUGGAUACGCCGUCCGGCGGUUCUACCGAUUCCUGGCUGGUCACCGGUGGUUCAGCACCCAGGUCAAGCAGAAAGCGCUGUAGCUCUUCGGCAACGAAAAUCUUCAGCAGUGCAAGAUAGGAUGUGUGUGCGUGUGUGUGUGUGCGUGCGUGUGUGACUACCAUUGAGUACACGGGUGACCUUCAAACUCUAAAAUGUUGAGUGUUUGGAAAGAAAGAGGCCCGCACCGAAAGCCACAUCAUUUGGCCUGCCCGGUGACCCUUGAACGAGAAGAGAGAUAUACCAAACCUGGUGGUGACUCUUAACGACUGUCGAUUAGUGUGUAGUGUACAGUUGAACGCGCAAGGGGUUGCAUUACUUGACGGCACCUAAAGACCUUGGGAUGGGGAGCCACAGUGUGACCCAACCUGCGUAAGCUCAAGUAGUUGACAACCCCCUAAAUGCGUAUGCGUAUUUGUUUACCGUUCAGAUUUAGGUUAGUGAGUGAAGCUCAAGUUUAGGCUAUAACGUUUAUUUAAGUCAUUGACAUCCCUCCCGCAUAGGGUGGUUCACGCUAGGAUGGAAAGAGCAAAGAGGGUCAAGAUCAAAUCAAGACUCAGGGAAACUGAAAAAAAAUGUAAGAUCGAUCAAUAAUGUUGUAAACAUGUAACUUUGAGUUUUACAAAACAAUAAAAUCAUCAUAUGAAAUAAACUAUUUCUAUUCGCAAGA